AUGCCUCUAUAUGGACAAGUCAUCAUUGGACCACCCGGUAGUGGAAAAACUACGUAUUGUGAUGAAAUGAGCAAGUACUUACAAGAAAUGGGCAGACGAGUAGCCAUAAUCAAUAUAGAUCCAGCCAAUGAUUCAUUGUGUUACAAAGCAGCAAUUGAUAUAUCAGAACUUAUUACAGUUGAAGAUGUUAUGGAUUAUGUAAAUUUAGGACCCAAUGGAGCUCUGAUUUAUUGUAUAGAAUACUUGGAAAAGCGGCUUGAUUGGUUGUUGGAAAAAUUAAGGAAACUGACUGAUUAUUAUUUAUUUUUUGAUUGUCCCGGACAGGUAGAAAUAUACACUCAUCAUAACUCAAUGAAAAAUAUUAUGUCUGCAAUUAAAAAUGAAUUAGAUUUGCGGUUAUGUUGUGUACAACUCAUUGAUUGUCAUUAUUGCAGUGAUCCAGGUAAAUACAUUUCAGCACUUCUGAUGUGUACAUCUACUAUGUAUCAAAUGGAAUUGCCUCAUGUGAAUAUAUUAUCAAAAAUAGAUAUAGCUGUUAAACAUAAGUCAAAGCUAUUAUUCAAUUUAGAUUUUUAUACAGAUGUAUUGAGUCUUGAUCAGCUAUUGGAUGCAUUGCAAAAUGAUCCCCACACUUCAAGGUAUCAUCGUUUAAAUAAAGCUAUAGUUAGUCUAAUUGAGGGGCAAAAUAUUGUUUCAUUUGUACCGCUUAAUGUGAAGGAUAAACGUACCUUGGAAUUGGUAAGAAAGAAUAUCGAUAGAGCUAAUGGGUACAUUUUUAACCCCGAAGAGAAUCAAAAUGCUGCAAUGCUAAACUCAGUUAUGCAAUUGGAUAUCAACGAUUUAACUCUUGACGUUUUAGAAGAUUUACCUAAAUCAGAUUCAUUAGAUACAAUGAUGCAAACCUAA